AUGAGGACUUCUGUUACUCUCCUCAUCCAGCAGCUCUGGGAGCCCAGGGCUCCAUCCAAUGCAGCCUGUUGCUGGCAGCCCUUAAUUCCGAUCUCAGCCGCGGGGUCCCUGCUCGGUUCACCCGCUGCCCAUGACCGUCCUCCGGAGUCCGCAGAAACGGCGUUACUGUUUUAUAAUGGUGGAACGUCUUGUAAUUCGGCUUUUACGGAAUCCCAACUAAAGAAGGACCACGCCCUGAUGCAGUAUUCUCAGGAUGGCCGGCUCCCCACCUCCACGGGGACUAGCACCCCAUGGGACACAGCACUCACCUGCACCACAGCCUCUGUCUGGGGGCUUGCCUGCAUCUGCUCAGCCCUCAUCUUCCAGGAUAAUGAGGUGAUGGUCACUGAGGAUAAGAUCAAUGCCCUCAUUAAUGCAGCAGAUGUAAAUGUUGAACCUUUCUGGCCAGGCUUGCCUGCAAAGGGUCUGGCCAAUGUCAACAUUGGCAGCCUCAUCUGCAAGGGAGAUGCUGGUAAAGCCACCCCAGCAGCUGGUGGCCCAGCAGCAGGUCCUGCUCCCUCCACCAGGGCUUCUCAGGCUGAGGAGAAGGAAUUAGAAGCAAAGAAAGGAGAAUCAGAGGAGUCUGAUGAGGAUGUGCACUUUGGUCUUUGA